AUGAUACUCUUCCGCCUCCUUCUGCUCCUAGCUUCUCUCACCCUCGCAGCAGCUCAGCAGAGCUCUGCCGUGCAAACCUACAGGGAAUCCAAAACGUACACCUAUUACGGGUGCUACAACGAAACGACUGAAAUCGAAGGCUCCGACCACUCACGCGCCUUGUCCGGCGGCGCAAAUGAAGUCAAGAAGGGCGAGAUGACGGUACCGAUGUGUCUUGACUUUUGCAAUAAUGGGGAGAAUGGCGCUCAUUAUCGCUAUGCAGGGCUAGAAUGGGCCAGGGAGUGCUGGUGUGCGCAGAGCAUAGCCGGUAUUUCGGCAAAGCUCGACGAUGGAGAGUGCAACUUUCCCUGCGAGGGGAACACUUCACUCGCCUGCGGAGGGUCUCUCAAGCUGAGCGUCUACAGGAUGUCAAGUGCGGGUGCCCAGGCCUCGCCCGUGCUUUUGGCGUCGUUUCUUUCCCUUGUGGCUGCGUUUGCAUGGUUGUGA